AUGACGACAGCGUCAUUGAGUUUUACGAGGACUUCUCCCCACCUUGCAUUUGGCGACAGCCGAGGCAAGGUCUACAAGACAUGCCAAGCACUCAAAUACCGGACCAAAGAGGCUGCCGAGGCCGCCGCGGCCAUGGAGGUCACGCCACAACGAGAUCCAAGGAAGAGCAUACUCAGCAGCCGCGUCAUUCGUAUCGACGGUGAACACGGGAUUUCCAAGAUUGAGAAGGACGGCAAGGUCAACUGUCGCUAUUGCUGGACCAUCAAACGCGAUGUGUUUGAUAUUCCCAUGCUUAUCGUUAUGAAUGUGAGUUACUUGGCCCUGCUCUGA